UUAUAAUAGCCCACAGACAAAUUCAAAACCCCCGUCUUACUGCCAGCAGCACCACCCUCCUCCCCUUUCCCUCUUUGUAAAUCAAUAAUCAAUCUCUCCUUUGUCCGAACCAAGCGGCCAUAGCCAAAAAGCUCGAGAACCUCCAUAGCAUGGCAGUAAUACCCGAGCAAGUCGUGGAGACCGUGGAGGAAAUCAUGCGCGCCUACAAGUCCCUCCCUCCCCGCCCCACCAUUGAAGAGGUCGAAGCCGCCACAUCCGUCGUCAAAUCCGUCGAGGCCGACCAGCAGGCCAAGCUCGACGAGAUUUCGCGGCAGCAGGUCCCCAAGGACGUCCCUCAGGAGCUCUUCUCCAUUCUCCAGCAGGUCAGAAGGAAGGUCGUCCUCUCGCAUAGCUACGAGCAGAAGCGCGAGGCCGUUCAUGUCAUCGAACUCGAUAGAAUGUUCCAGAUCUUCGAUGAUCUGAUCCAGAGAGCCUCCGGGAUCGUCUCCGGCGAUAAUCAGGCGCAGAAGCGCGCCAAUUUGGGCGCAGCCGCCGCCGAGCCGGUUGAGAAGGUCGCCAGAGAGGUUCCGAAUGCGGUUAUCGGCGAUGAGAGCCUGGUAGCGAAGAAGAGUGAUGAUUAUGGCGGCAGAGAAGUUGAGAAGUCGGAGAGAAAUGGCGCCAAGGCUUUGGAGAGAAGUUCUUCCGCUAAGGCAUCUUUCUAUUCAGGGGACAAUGGAAAGCUGAGUCUGAUGAAGGUGGCGGCUCUAAUUGAAAACACUGCCAAAAGUGGAUCAGUAGUACUUGACCUUAAAGGAAAGUUGACGGAUCAAAUGGAGUGGCUUCCUGUAUCAAUUGGGAAAUUAUCAGAUGUCACUGAAUUAGACUUGUCUGAAAACCGAAUUUUGUCCCUUCCACCUACUAUUUGUCGUCUCAGAGCCUUAACGAAGCUGGAUAUCCACUCGAAUCAACUUAUUAAUCUUCCGGACUCCUUUGGUGACCUAAUCAAUCUCACUGAUCUUGAUCUCCACGCAAACAGGUUAAGAUCACUGCCAGAUUCUUUUGGGAACUUGAAAAAACUCAUCAACCUUGAUUUGAGCUCAAAUGAGUUAACCCAUUUGCCUGAGAUAACGGGGCAUUUAACCAGUUUAAAGAGUUUAAGUGUUGAAACAAAUGAGCUUGAGGAAUUACCUUAUUCAAUUGGAUCUUGUACCAUGCUUUUGGAACUAAGAUUAGAUUUCAAUCAGCUACGAGCUCUUCCAGAGGCAAUUGGAAAGCUUGUAUCCUUGGAGAUCCUGAGUCUUCACUAUAAUAGAAUUAAAGGGUUACCAACAACUAUAGGUAAUCUCACCAACUUGAAGGAGCUUGAUGUUAGCUUCAAUGAGCUCGAAAGCGUGCCAGAGAACCUAUGUUUCGCAACAAGCCUUCGGAAAUUGAACGUCGGCAAGAACUUUGCAGAUCUACGAUCCUUGCCACGAUCAAUUGGAAACCUCGAGAUGCUUGAAGAGUUGGAUAUAAGUGAUGACCAGAUUACAGUUUUGCCAGACUCUUUCAGGUUCUUAUUGAAACUCAGAGUUUUCCGCGCUGAUGAGACGCCUCUAGAAAUUCCACCUAGACACGUAACAAAACUCGGUGCCCAGGCAGUUGUUCAGUUCAUGUCCGAUUAUGUCGCUAAGAGAGAUUCCAAGACUAAACCAUUGCAAAAGAAGGGAUCUUGGUUCAUGUGCUGCAUAAAGCCCCGAUCUGUCUCGGAGUAAGUCCACCAAGAGCACAUAGUCAUCACAAGCUUGCUUAAUUCAAUUGUUUCCCAAUUCCCCCCUAUUGUUCAAAUCAUUCAACUAUAUAGUCCAAAAAAAAAAAAAGAAAAAAUCAACUUCUGUUCUUGUUUAUUAAAUGGAAUGAGAGACCAUGUAUAUAAUUACAUGAUC